UCAUUCAAUUUAUUCAUUUGUACUGUACAUUUGUUACGCUAUAAUAUAUAUGGUGUCCUUAUUAAACCUUAACAAGUUUUUUUCUAUCGAGAGAGGAAGGAAUAUCUGCUAUCAUAAAUUCUCUCUAUUUAGUUUCUUGGACAUUAAAAACUAUUUCAUCAUAUACACGGAUCUAGCAGAAUAUUUAAGCUGCAGCUAUAGACCGAAUGGCAAAGAGUAAUACCUGCCUUUUUAAAGGCGGAUAUGAACGCAAUACGAACGCGAGUGUCAAAGCAUGAACAUGAAUGUCUUUGAUGCGAAACAUUUCAAAAUUAAUAAACUCUUGCUUUCGAUCAUAGGGUUGUGGCCGUAUCAAACGACUUUUACAAGGACUUUGAAGACAACGUUCGCCACAGUUGCUGUCAUAGUUAUGUGUGCGCCUAUGGUAGCUAUUGAAUCGAUACAUAUAAUAUAUGUCUUUUUGUUCAUAUUCAAACACCCGAACGAUCUGGAUCAUAUAAUCGAACUCUUACCUACGAUGUCCGGUGCAGUAUCGUGCGGAGCAAAAUUUGCUAGUUUAAUUUAUCACUUUGAAAAGUUUAAAGAUUUGUUUCAACAAUUUCGUGACGAUUGGACGAAUGUCUCGAAGAAAGCGGAACAAAUUUUUAGAAAUUAUAUGGAAGUAUCAUGGAGAUUUACAUCGACAUAUACAGUUUGGAUGGCUACGUUCGUGAUCGGUUUUGCAUUAUUGCCGCUUGUCAACCCACUACUCGAUGUUGUAUCACCGCUAAACAUAACGAGACCAAAAAAAUUUAUAUAUCCAGCCGAAAUGCUGGUCGAUCACGAAAAAUAUUACUAUAUUCUGCUCACAAUUAUGUAUUAUGGUUACUUCAUGGCUUGUGUGGUUACAUUGGCAAUUGAUACAAUCUAUUUCGCCUUUAUAGAACAUGCUUGCGCAUUGUUCGAUAUCUUAAAAUAUAAUGGAGCGUGGUAUGAGACAUCAAACACGGCGAAAAAGAUGCUUUUAAUGCUAAUCAUAAGGAGUCAGAUCAUCAGUGAAAUAAAGGUGGCGAAGUCCUUCGUCAUGAAUCUAGAAAACUUCACUGUGAUAAUGAAAGCGUCACUCACAUAUUGCAUGGUAAUGUUGUCAAUGCGUGAAGAAUGAAGCAGC